AUGACCCACCAAACCCAGCGACGUCGCCGUCGUCACUCCGCCGUCUGUCACCGUCAUCCCACUUCCAAACCCACCACUGGUUUCUGUGCUACCUGUCUCCGCGAACGCCUCUCCACCAUCGAAGCUCUGUCUUCCUCCCUCGCCGCCUCCGAUCAGGUCCCUGAGCUCCGUCGUCUUCGCUCUUCCUCCCUUCGCGACGCAUCCGCCGCAGAUUUCGACCAGCCACGACGCAGAUCGUGUGACGUUAGGUCCAAUGACAACCGAUUUGCCGAAGAUGAAGAAGAGAGGCUGGAGAGCUCGAUUCGGUUUCCUUUUGUCCCAGAUUUGAAAGAGGGGGAAGAAGAAGAAGAAGUAGACGACGGAGAAGAUAUUAAGGGGUUCAACGAAGGUAAGGCGAGUAGGAGGCUUGUGGAAGAAGAAGAAGAAAUCGAUGAUGGAGAGCAGAAGACGAUGAAGGAGUUUAUAGAUCUGGAAUCGCAGAAUCACCAAUUUAAGAAGAACAACGGCAAAGAUUUGAAAGAGAUCGCUUCGGUUUUCAGCAGAACGCUUAAGAAAUUUUCACUCAAACAUCCGAAGAAUGGGAAAACUCCAGAUGCCGGUAACGGCGAAGCUUACUCAAAACGCCGAUCAGAAAUGAGUCUUGGCCGUCGCUCAUGUGAUGUGGAUCCUAGGUUGUCUCUCGACGCAGGUCGAAUCUCCUUCGAGGAGCCUAGAGCGUCAUGGGACGGAUGCUUGAUCGGAAAGACAUACCCGAAGCUGAUUCCGUUGUCCUCUGUGACCGAAGAUGCUAAAGCCUCGCCGGAGAAGAAAACCGGCGCUAAAGACGACGAGGAGGAGAAGAACCCUGGCGGGACAGCUCAAACAAGGGAUUACUACUUGGAUUCACGGCGGAGAAGAAGCUUCGAUCGAUCAUCGAGACAUGGAUUGCUCGAGGUUGACGAAUUGAAAGCUAUUGCCAACGCCAAGGUAUCACCCGAAACUGUUGGUUUGUUUCAUGGAGCGAAGCUGCUUGUUACAGAGAGGGAACUAAGGGAUUCGAAUUGGUAUUCCAUCAAAAACUACAAACCGGAGAGCUUGGAGUUAGCUUCUAAAGGCGUUGCUUGUGUUGCUGCUGGUGAGGUGAAGCAGGAUGGUUUCGGGUUGAAGAAGACUGGCAAGAAAUGGUCUAAGGGAUGGAAUCUUUGGGGAUUGAUUCAGAGGAAAACGGAUACAACGAAGAACGAAAUCAAAACCGAGCAAAGUAUGAAACUUGGAGGAAAUGCAAUGGAGGGUUCUCUUGCUGAGUCUCUGUUGAAGCUUAGGAGAGUAGCUAAAGGAGAAACCAAUGGUGACGUUAGCGAGAAACUCAUAAGAAGCUACAGCGUUAGUGCAAGGAAGUCUUGUGAUGGUAUGUUUCAUGGUGCUUCGAUUGUUAAUGGAUUCGAAGGUGGAAGAAGCUCUUGUGAUGGUCUGUUCCAUGGCUCUAUUACGGGCGUUGAGACAGGAAGAAGAAGCUCGUGCGAAGACGGAUUGUUUCAUGGCGGUGAAGGCAAAAAGAAUCAUCUUCUUCAGAGAGAUGCCAAGCUUGGUACUUACUCGCCAGACAACCUCAGAAAUGGUUUGGUUAGAUUCUACUUGACGCCAUUAAAGAGCCAUACGACAAGCAACUCCGGGAAAAGUAGGCUGAUGAAUUAA